AUGUUCGCUGCGCGCUUCCAUCCUCCCAUGGCCUCGGCGCCCCCUCUCUGUCGACGCGGGGUACCCAGCGAUCGCCCGGCCGCAAAGGACCCUGAUGCACCGAAUCCGCUGUAA